AUGGCAGCCUCCGAAGACCUGAUUGACUUCGACAUCAUUGAAGCACAGAAGGAAAACGUCCAAUCACUCCCAGGAGGCCGAUCAGCAAGAGAGCUUGCGCGAAUCUUCUCAGCGGGCAGCAACGGCGACAAGGCUGCGGCACCAUCACCAAACGACACGAGAACCCUGACCGAUGGCAUCCGCCAGGAAUAUGAGAGCGAACUACAGGCAAUAGGGGAGUCCGAUGAUCCUCUCGACGUGUAUGACCGCUACGUAAAAUGGACCCUAAACGCGUACCCAUCAGCACAAGCCACGCCCGAGUCUGGUCUCCUACCGUUACUCGAGCGCGCUACAAAAUCUUUCUUAUCCUCGCAGCACUACAGGAACGACCCGCGGUAUCUGCGAUUAUGGCUCCAUUAUAUCAGACUUUUCUCGGAUGCUCCGCGUGAAACGUUCGCGUUCCUCGCGCGCCACCACAUCGGUGAGGGACUAGCUCUCUUCUACGAAGAGUUUGCCGGGUGGCUCGAAGGCGCUGGGCGCUGGACCCAGGCUGAUGAAGUAUACCGGCUCGGUAUGGACCGCGAGGCACGGCCGGUCGAGCGGCUCGCGCGAAAAUACGAUGAAUUCCAACAACGAUACGAGCAACGACCACAUGACGCCGGUCCUUCCUCGCCUGCAUUACCAACCGUCCGUCCCGCGCUGGCCGCCAAGAUGGAUCCCUUUGCGCCCUCGGACGCUUCUGAUGACCCCCAGGCCUCGCGGCCGUCUCCUAGAAUGGGUGGCACCUCGAAGACAAAGUCCGGCAAACCUAAGAUGUCCAUCUUCUCCGACGCCGACUCCGCCUCUGCCGACCAACCCGCAACCAGUGGACAGACCAAGGGAUGGGAGAGUAUUGGAUCGAUCAAAGACCGCAGGAAGGAGAACGAGAUGGAGGCCAAACCCUGGAUCGGCGAGACAUUGAAGGCCGGGAAAAAAUCCGGCCCGGCACAGAAAAUGGCCAUUUUCAGGGACGAGGUGAGUACUCAUUUCACUUUCCCCUCAGACCUCCAAAUAUUUACGAUCACAGGACUAAUUGCUGGCAUGAACCUAUGUGGUGUUGCGUUUUUAUGUAUCCAGUCAAAAUCAAAUCUUCCUACCCAAGAACCAUUGCAACAACAACAACCCAAACAAGUACCGGAGCAUCAUGUAAGGGAAGCGGUUAACCCACGAACUGGCCGACGUGAACGGGUCUUCGUCGACCUCGAAUCCGUAUACCCCGACCCAAGCAACCCAGCGCAUGAGGUCAGCUUUGAGGAACUGCGGGCUCUCAAGCGCGGGUGGAUGGACAAGAAUUGGCGUUCACAGAAGGGGCCACUACAACCGAUAUCAGGCAACGCUGGUGGCGUUGAUGUCCAGUCCGGAAAGCCCAAGCCAUCUCCUGUCGACGAGGAACUAGUGGUACGGGACGACCGGCAUUCCCAAUCACACGACCAGGAAGGGCUCCACGAGGGCAAGUCAGGAAAAUCUAGACGGUUGAAGGUCAAGGAGGUGAAGGGAGAGACACAGACGGUCAAAAUGAAGUUCGACUCGCCCACGGGCUCGAAAGUACGACGGAAGAGCACCGCGGAGCCAACAAUGACCAUCCACACUCGUGCUGCUACAGAUGAAAUCUAUAGCAUCUUUAACCAGCCAUUGAAGGCUGAAGCAGACGAUAGAGCUGAUAGCUUUUGCGGUAGUGACUAUGAAGACGAUGACUACACAAGCACUGCAGAUAGUACGGGGACCGGACGCAUCUCAGUAGCCUCGAGCGACUUUGGUGAUGAGGAGACGCAAACAUUCCACAAGUCCUUCGAUGAUACCGAGUUUGCCGACAAUACAAGGGCUGAGAGCGUUGCAGGCAGUGAUUGGUCCGAGUUCAGUGCGAGUCGAGAUGUCCCGAACGUCGAGCCUGAGACGACUUUCCAAUCCGUUUACAGUGAGGGUGGGCCGAGCAGUUCUGCUCAUGGAACACCCGAGAGGGAUCGGUUUGUCCCGGAAAUGCCUGAAGACUAUGACCCGCCUUGUGGUCUCUACCGGGAUCCGGUCAUCAUGGCGCAAAACCGGUUGCCCUUCAUGACUCCUAUUGUGGAACAGACUGAGUCCUCCAUCCCCUCGAUGACAGGUGCUCGAAGCAUUGCCUCCAGUGCGAAGACUCCCUCCAAAUCAAAAAUGCCUCAGAUGGGUGAUCUCCUUCUCUCAAGUCCACUGAGCGCUGCAACGCCUUAUCAUGGAGACCACACUGCCUCUUCUGCGGUGGAUGUCCCUUUCAGCCCAACGGCACUCAGGGCAAAGUCACGUCGGAGGGAAGCCAUUAUCAAGGACCGGCAAUGCAAUCCGACAGACAAAGGAAUUCGCAAUACUAUUCUUAAUUCGUUGGAAACACCGCUAGAUAUGUACAUGGGCUACCACGCUCAUAUUGGUGACAGCAACUAUGCGUCUAUGAUCCAGAAGUUUGUCAAGACUAAUGGCAGAAAGUCCAAGGGCGAGGAUGAAAACUUUGCCACCCCGAUUCUCGAAUUUCCCGGGGCUGAGCGCAGCUACCUCAUCCGUCGCGAACUCGGAGCCGGCGCCUACGCCCCAGUCUAUCUCGCGGAGAGCGUCGACAGUCUCGAGUCUUAUGACUCGGAGUCCGACAUCACAGACACCAAGGACCGUGAUUCCCAACCCCGAACAGUAAAUCCGCACGACAGCGCACGAGAUACAUUCGAGGCUGUCAAAAUCGAGAACGGACCGUCCAGCGCAUGGGAAUUCUAUAUGAUCCGAAUGGCACACGAGCGUUUACGCCAGUCGACGGAUCUCUCACGUGCAGCAGACAGUAUCGUGCGUGCCCAUGAAUUGCAUGUCCAUCAGCGGGAAAGCUUCCUGAUAGAAGACUACCGCGGCCAAGGCACUCUGCUGGACCUGGUCAAUCUUAUGCGCAGCGAGCCCAUCACCUCCAACCACAACGCGGAAAGCGGGCUCGAGGAGGCCCUAGCCAUGUUCUUCUCCGUCGAGCUCUUCCGCACCGUUGAAGCACUACAUGCCAGUGGGAUCCUCCACGGUGAUCUGAAAGCGGACAACUGCCUCGUCCGUCUGGACGAGCCAAACCCCAACAACUCACCCGCCAGAUCACUCUUCCUCCUCGACCUUAACGCCGACGAACGGCCCCCGAAUCCCGGUGACAGCAUCCACUACUCGCCCAGUGGGGCGUACGGCUGGCGACACAAGGGCCUGGCUCUCAUCGACUUCGGCCGCAGCAUCGACAUGCACGCCUUCUCCCCAGCGGUCCAAUUCAUCGCCGACUGGGAAACAAGCUCACACGAGUGCAACGAGAUCCGUGAGAUGCGUCCCUGGACCCACCAGAUCGACCUCUAUGGUCUCGCUGGCACAAUCCACGUUCUGCUGUUCGGCAAAUACCUCGAGUCGACGCCCGUGCGACCCAGCUCCGGCCCCGCAGAUGCAGAAGUUAACUCCUCAACAGGUCGCACGUAUCGCAUUCGCGAGACCCUCAAGCGCUACUGGGACCGCGAUCUGUGGGCCGACGUCUUCGAUCUGCUACUGAACCCUGGUUCAGAGCGCUGGACGCGGAUGGAGCGCGAGGGUGGUGUAAUGCCAUCUACUUCGCCUUCGGCGCCCGUCCUGCCCGUUCUCCAUUCUAUGCGGCAUGUCCGCCAGAAAAUGGAGCAGUGGCUCGUUGCAAAUGCGGAGAAGAAAGGUCUUGCGAGCCAGCUGCGCAAGAUCGAGGCCCUUCUUGCUGAGCGGAAGAAGAAACUUGAGCGGUGA